AUGGAUAUUCCGGUUAUUGAUAAUGCCAGCGAAGUGACAGAGUUCGUCCUGGUGGGUCUGUCUAAUCAUCCAAAAGCCCAGGCUGCCUUUUACUGCACCAUGGUAGCAGUGUACCUGGUCACGUUGGUGGGCAACGGUCUCAUCAUUGUCAUGGUUAGAGUGGAAAAGCAGCUUCACACCCCUAUGUAUUUUUUCUUAAGCAAUCUGUCCUUCCUUGAUAUCUGCUACUCUAGCAAUUCAGUGCCUUUUUUAUUGUUCAAUGGUUUAAAAGACUACCCCACCAUUUCCUAUACUGGUUGUUAUGCCCAGAUGACCAUCGCUCUUUCUCUGGGGAUGACAGAAUGCCUCCUCCUCGCUGUCAUGGCUUAUGACAGAUUUAUUGCAAUCUCCAAUCCCCUGCGUUACUCCAUCAUUAUGAAUCACCAGGUCUGCGUACAGUUGGCUGUGGUAACCUGGGCUAGUGCCUUUCUUUUAGCAAUAAUACCAAUCAUUGCAAUUCCUGCCCGUUUUUGUGGACACAAUAUCAUCAACCAUUUCACCUGUGAGGUGCAGGCCCUGUUGAAACUCAUCUGCUCGGACACCCCAGUCAGACUUAUUCUGGGUCUCGUCAUCAGUAUAUUCACACUGCCUCUGCCCUUCACCUUCAUCCUCAUUUCCUACUUUUGCAUUGUGGUUGCCGUGCUGAGGAUCCGCUCUGCAGAGGCCAGGCUCAAAGCUUUCUCUACCUGUGGCUCCCAUCUGACUGUGGUCACCAUAUUUUAUGGGACCGCCAUCUACAUGUACCUGAAACCUCAAUCAAGGGAGUACCAGGACCAGGGUAAAGUCGUGUCUGCAUUUUAUGGUGUUGUAACCCCUAUGCUGAACCCUGUCAUUUACACCUUGAGGAACAAGGAUGUGAAAGAAGCCCUAAGAAAAAGAAUUAGGAAGAAAAAGUCCUAAAAGGGGCAUAAAGAGCGCAUGGAGGCUCAUCUAACCAACAUCUUGACACCGACUUGUAAAACAUAACAAGGUACAAAUACUAGACAGUAUUUUAGUAAGGUGAUUAGUUUCAAAUGCAUUUUUUAAAUUUCCAACAAGCACAUGAUAAAGAACGUCCCACUGAGAAAAACAUGUUAAACAUUUACAGUGCCAUUCAUUGAUGGAAUAAAGUACAUAGGACAAUCUUGUGGGAAAGCUUAAAAACAAAAUAAUAAUUAGUACAUUUGAAUCCUGAGUAGAGUUUGUUUUACUGAAUGAGAAAUACUCUAUAGACUCCCUUUUAUAGAUGACAAAGAGCAAAGUUGUAAAAUGGACAAUUCUUAUCUCAAUACUUUCUGUGUGAGCCAUAUCAUGACCCAGGCUUAGGAGUGAUGGAUGUGACGGGGUAGAGAGAAGAAAAUUACACAACUGCUGUAUAAGACUUUCACAUAGUAGGUUUUCUGCUGAAGCCCAUUCAAGACUCUGUAUACCUUGAGGGCCAGAAACAAUGACACUACGGAACUUAAAACUGCAUGUUUUGAUCUGUAAAUAAGGCUGCAUUUUCUCUGCAAAUGUACCCUACCCCUGGAUAACUGCAUGCAAUUUCUAAAGUUGCUGACCUCACAGAGAGCAAAUCUAACUCAGGAGGAACUCCUUGAAAAACAGGCAUGUACGAUAUCCUUUGAUUAUGAAAAGUAUCAUUCUCAUUAUUUUAAAAUACAUUAGGGGAUAGAGAAGAAAUGAAAUGUCACCUAUAAUUCUAACACUCAACGAAGCUUGCAUAGGUUUUAGAACCUGGAAGACAUGUAUUUAAGUCUGUCGCUCACAGUUGUGUGAGAUUUAGUUAGUUACUCUCCAUCUUUAAGCUUCAAUUUUCUCAUCUGUAAAAUGAAGAUUAGAAGAGCGACUGCCUCGCAAAGUUGUUUUGAGAAUUAAAUGAGAUAAUACACGCUAAGCUUCUACCACAAGGUCUGGCACACGGUGGGCACAGAAUACACAUCGGUCAAAAAAGAAAAAAACCUGCCAAUUUGUUCUCUAACACAAAACAUUGUUUGACUAUUGAUUAUGCCUAUGUAAAUAAUGACUAUAUCAUUUUUAAAAAUAAUCCAUGAGAAUAGGAUAGGCCGAAAAAAUGUGUUCUCACUGCGGUCUUCAUUUGAAUUUAUCUUAUUAGAAAAAGGGUGAAUGUGUUUCUCCUAAUUCAUUGGUCAUUUGUGUUUCAACAGUCAGGGUCUUUGUUGUUGGGUCGAAAUGAUAACGAACCAAUCCAAUUUUGGAAACAAAAUGCUGCACAGUAACACACAACGAAUUAACAGCCCCACAAUUUGGUUCAGCAUUGACUGACUCCACCAUUGUUUCUAGACACAUCCUGACAGGCAGAUCCCCAGUUUGAGCCAUUUUAUGUCACUCUGGUAAGCACACCUGCGAUUAACAUUGCCUUACAGGUUAACAACAGGAGCUGAUCGGACACUGUUGUAAAUGCAAAUGAAAAUAAUAAAACUGUGGGAAUCCCAAUAGAGAACUCUUUAGAAAGAGAAUCUAUGGCGUUAUGUAAAUUUUGUUGUAAAGCUACCAUUUGAACCUUGACCAAAUUCUUGUGCAAAUUUUAUUUCGGGUGCUCCUAAUACUUCGCCAUUACCUAACGUGUCCCUGAAACCAAAGGCAAAGUAUUCCUAACAAACUACCAAGACAUGGUGAGCAGCCAAAGUUACACACUAGAGGGGAAACGUGAUUCCUCAAAAGGAAGGAAAAAAUGGAGUACAACUGCACCCCUAAUACUUACUGGAGUUUGAUCAUUUUCAUUAGCGACUACGAAGAGGUAGAAUAGAACAAGCCGUGAGAUGUGCCUUUUGCUGACAGAGAGAAAUUUAUUGGGGAGAGGCAGGGAUGUUUUUAGCUGCAAGAGAUUAGACAGGUAAACUAAUGUCUUCCCUUCUGAUUACCUCAGGAAGAAGUUAGACAGAGUUCUCUCUAGAGAGAAAAAUACGACACAUCUAGAAGUGGAGAACAAGCUGCAGGAGGACUUCCGACAUGAAGUCGAGAGUCUGGAUGAAUAGAAAGUCUAAGAGAUUAUAACAACUCAUCAGUCGGAGAUACGUGCGUCAGGUGCCUUUCUGUUAUAUGUUUAAGUGAGAGUUGUUUUCUUAACGCCUUCAUUGUAUUGCUAAGUAAACACGUUAGAAUUAUAAUAAACAGGCAAUACUUGGGAACUACAUGUGCCUUGGGAAACUUGUUUAAAUUUCUUAUCUCUGCCAAACAGCACUUAUGACUUGCAGCUGAUGAUGGGCAACUCUGCCUCCCUGCACACCAUCUCCUCAUAAGGUGUGCCAAAAUCACAAGGCGACCUCUUAAAAGGUUGAACUGACCCCUUAAAAAUUGACAUCACUGAGAAAAGAGCCUCGUGCUGUGUACUGGCAGCAGCACAGGGAAUAAAAAGCACUUGAGAGCCAUAAUCAUAACUUUUCCUGGAAGUGUUUUAAAGAAGGAAAUUUAAAAUUUGAGAACAGCUAAGGCUAUAUCAUUGGUUUUCAAGUGUCUGUCAACACCACCAGUACUAAGCAGUGAGUUGAAUAAUGUUUCCUGACAAUACUUUCCAUUAUACAGACAUACCAAAUUUUGUUUAUCUAUUCAUCAGGUGCCUGUCCCCAUGUUUGCAGAAAUAAGAACCUUCAAGAUGUAAAUACAGGUGUAUGCAAAAUUAGAGAAAUAGGAGAAUCCGUGCCAUAGAAAUAUAUAAAGUUUCCAAUUCUUCUAUAUCCUAGCUAAUGAUUGUUAGUGGGCUAAAACUGGUAUCUCAUUAUGAGAUUUGCUCCCAUUCUGUAGGUUGUCUUUUAACCUACUUGGUAAAGCCCUUUGAAACACAAAAACUUAAUAAUUUGAUGAUAUUCUUUAUCAUUUUCCUUUUGUGGCUUGUGAUUUUGUCUAAUAUUUAUAUCCAUGCCACAGAUAUUUGUGCCUAUGUUUCUUCUAAGAGCUGCAAGAUUUUAACUCUUACAUUUAGGACUUUGAUCUAUUUUGAGUUAACGUUUGUAUGUAGUGUGAGGUAGUGUUCCAAUUUCAUCUUUUUGCAUGUGGAUAUCCACUUGUCCCAACAUCAUUUAUUGAAAAGACUUACUUUCUUCAUUGAAUUGUCUUGACACCUGUGUCAAAAAUAAACUGACCAUAAAUGUAUGGGUUUAUUAUUAGAUGUUGAUUCCACCUCAUCGACCAUAAUGUUGAUCUUUAUACCAGUACCACACAGUCUUCAUUACCAUAAUCUUUUAGUAAAUUGCAGGUUGGGAAAUUUAUGAAGCUUACAACUUUGUUAGUUUUCAAGGUUGAUUUGACUACUCUAAGUCCCUUGCAGUUCCAUAUGAAUUUUAGGAUUGACGGAGUUCCCAUCGUGGCUCAG